AUGGGUUUUGUUGAAGCUUUAUUUUCCAGAGAUUUCCUCUGUUGCACAGCUUCUCUCCAUGUUUUUGUUUGUCUGCUGGGACUGGUUGUCCUGUGUCACUCUGACUGCUUCUUCCAGGGGUUGGUGCUGAAAGAUCUGAAUAACCCUCCAAAAGGGUGUGUGGAUAAGGACGGGAAGCAGCAUGAUUUUGGCACUGAAUGGGACAGAGACUGCAUUGCGUGUUCUUGUACGAGCGAGGGCUUGAGCUGCUGUAGCAAGCUCCCUGAUGCAAACACAGUAGAUGUCCCUGAUGGAUGUGAGCUGGUUGUAAAUAAGGAGGCCUGCUCUGCCAAGAUGGUGUUGAAGUCAGACAAGACAAAGGAGUGUAACCCUAUUUGA